GCCUAACAGGAAAUACGUUUACAUUCACAUAACGUGACGUUUCCCUUUUGUACAGUGCAUAGAGAGCUAACUAGCGCCCAUACUGUGUCACAUUCAUCUACCUGUAUUCUUGUCAUUCCUGGUCUUAUAAGCGCUAUCUAAAGAUGAAUACGGUUCUGUCCAGAGCUAACUCUCUGUUCGCCUUCUCUCUGAGCGUCAUGGCGGCCUUAACUUUCGGCUGUUUCAUCACAACAGCAUUCAAAGACAGAAGAGUUCCUGUGGACAUCCACGUCGCUAAAGUCAUGCUGAAAAAUGUUGAUGACUUCACAGGACCCAGAGAGCGCAGUGAUCUGGGUUUCAUCACCUUUGACCUCUCAGUUGAUUUGCAGCCAAUUUUUGACUGGAAUGUUAAACAGCUGUUUCUCUAUCUAUCUGCAGAGUAUGCCACAAAGAGCAAUGCUCUGAACCAGGUGGUGCUGUGGGACAAGAUCGUCCUUCGAGGUGAAAAUACCAAACUGAACCUCAGAGACAUGAAGUCCAAAUACUUCUUCUUUGAUGAUGGAAACGGACUCAGGGCCAAUAAGAACAUCACUCUGACACUCUCAUGGAAUGUUGUUCCCAAUGCUGGAAUCCUGCCUCUUGUGGCUGGAAGCGGACACGUCAGCCUUCCUUUCCCCGAGACAUACGAGACCACUAAGAGCUAUUAGACGCAUUCAGAGACACACAUCCAGCCAGUUUCAACACAUACUGUACACACAGACCAAUGGAAACAAGCACACAAACUGAUGACUCACUCACACCUUACACUGGUCUUUCUCAUAGAUGUAAAUUAAUUUUUGGUUUGUAAUAAAAGUUGAGAUUGGAAAA